UCUAAGUCACCUAGACUACAAAACCAGCGUCCGAAUUGAGGAAGCAGUCCCAGCUGGAGGGAGUUUGUAUGUUGUAAGAUCUUCUGGGUAUUUGAAAAAAGAUUUGUACUUGUUGAGAUAGUUCUCACUCCAUGGCAACUUCAGACAAGGAAGAAAAUGUCGACGGACGUGGCUGUGCUUUCUGCGCUCGCGCAGGUGACGGGGCAAGAGCUACGAUAUUUCGAGAUGGUGACGCUGCGAUUUGGUGGAAAGCGUCGACGCGUGUACCUGUGUAUUGGAAAGCACGCCUUUUUUCUGGUAAAGCGGGACGUUUCCGCAGUCAUUCAGGGUGGAGAGCUAUUCUACGCGUACCUCGACAUGGUGGUGGUAGACACGCUAAGCAAAAGCGACCUUCUCUUGGUUCUGAACGGAAAUCGGCCUGCACAGGAUAGCGUGUGGGUUUCGCCCAACCUCUUUUAUGUUCCUGUGUAAGCGUAUCAUCUAUUCUCGUUGCGGCCUUUGCUUCCACAGCACUAGUUUGCGAUUGCGGAAAGAAAAAGCCCUGUCGAAAGGACUUAGCCACUCAAUGUGUAUCGUGUGUUUUAAAACCACUGUUCUAAUUCUGCGUGUUGUCCAAUAACCGCGUAACUCUAGUUCAGCACUUGAAGUGCUGCUGGACGGUGGACUACAUGUGGCGCUACGGCCUCGUGGCGACAUUUCCUAAGAGGGAAGCCGCUCUCUCGGCUGCCGAAGCGGGGGGAAAGGUUAAGGCUGACACUAACUAGUUCGUUAUGGGAAUCUAGCAGAAUCUUGACCUUCUAAUAGGUAUGCUCUUGAGGACAAGUAGCUAGGCGCAUUUACCACCACUAAUGAGGGCGGCGUCCUUGAGCACGAGGUUAUGCCAUUUGUCGGCUUUAGGCGGCAGGACUACGCUUGUUACUCGUUCUUUUUGAGGGAGAGCUUCGUUGAGCAACCGCACGUGCUAUCGACCACAGAUACCGGACAUUACGCGGACCCCGAGAGGCCGGGCUGCGAGAUCAUCAUUCAUGUCCACGAUCCUGUUCUCAUCUCUCUGCUCAACGCGCGCGGCCGCGAGCACGUCCGAUGGGUAGCGCUCGAAUACAAGCAAAUGCUGACAAAAGAGGUCGAUCAAUACUACGUCCUCCGCAACCGCAGCUAUCUGAAAAAGAUGAAUCUGGCAGAGGAUGUGGCCAUGUGGGUUGGUAUCAUCUACCUAUUUUUCCCUUGCGUCAUAUUGGCGUAUAAAGAUAGCUUACUGGUAAUGGUAUUUACAUACUAGGUACAAGAUGAAAGGUCUGGAUUUAGUUUGACGGAAAUCGACGAGGAACCCUGCUGCGGUAGUCAUCUGGAUGACCUUUUUGCUCCUUUUUUCAAUGCAGGAUGGGAGAUGCUGAUCAAGACGCAGAAGCACAUUCUGGUCGUUAUCGUUUUGCGCAGGAUGUACUGUCCUCCACUUGGUUGUACGGUGCAGGACAUCGUGAUCAUGUUUAAGAGCACGAAUCACGAAGCUGUUGCGAUUGCCAAGCACAAAGAAAAUGGUGUACUUUAAUUUUUUACAACACCAUCGGACUUUCCAUUUUGGGGAAGCACUCUGUCGUAAGUGCCAGUAGUACUUAUCGACUUGGGAAAACGAAAACUAUGAUGUAUGUAUAUCUACAAUUAGCAGUCGUGCAGUGUUAGUUGUACGAACACCAGGGUGAUGCUGGUUUGACGAUAACCAACCAACGCUUCACAGGACAGCAAAAUGAAGCAAACGUGGGUAAGCGAUGCCGAACUAGUACAGGAGGGACAGUUAGUCUUAAGGCUUGGAGAACUGCAUUCCCAGAGGCAUCCAUUUUCUUGGACCGAUCUAGUGAGAACUCAUUCGAAUGUGGGUCCCACCAAGGCGAAAACGAUGCUUCUUUAGAUGGACUUUAGAAUGAUCUAAGUAUCGCAGACAGCUUCGCUCCAGCAGCGGACGAGUUUCCUAUUUACCGAGACAUAGUGCAGGGCAAGCUCGACGCCUUGCGAUUUGACGAGGACGGCUACCGAUUCCUAGAAAACCACUACAAUUAUGAGUCAUAAACCCUAAAUGCGCAAGGAAGUGGUUUACCUUUCGCUCUGUUUUCUCGUGCUUCUUCUCUCUAGGCUUGUUGUAGCUUUCGUCGGACCUGCACAAAGUCUACACUUACAACGAACUACGACGACUACUUAAUAUUGUUGGGCAAAAAUAGAUGUCACUUCUAAGAACAGCUGCUGCCUAAAGCGCGCGCCUUUGGAAAAUCCUUCCUGAAGAGCAUUUUGGUUCUGCUUUCGCAGGAUGGCAUGUUGGCCAAUGCUGAGGAGAUGUUGGGUGACUCAAUGUGUGCUCUCGGCAAGAAAGAGAACGAGGACCCUUGGCAGACCGUACGGACGCGAGAAAACCCGCUAUUGAUCGCGGAGGAAAUGGUCGAAAACGCUGAGGGACUCGAGGAAGCAUCGGUUAUGAUCUUUUGAAGAUGUGUAUGACCCAUAUUCAUUGGGAACAAAGUACGUAGAAAGGCAUCUAGUGCAGCUUCUCGCUUUACUUAGGAGAGGAAUUUCUCUCGUGGUCCCUACACUUAAAAAGUGUUGCGCUAAAUUUUGAGGUGGAACGCAGCGCAACAAGUGGAACAAGCGCGUUGCUGGGUAUCUCUCUUACUGCAUCGACGGUGGGCUGUGCCGGCAGUUCACCAUCUACGACUUGAUAGAUGCAAAGGCUGGCUUGACGGCAGAGAGUCAGAAGAAGCUUGGUCGCGUCAUAGACUACUUGCUGCAUUUGCGCCCGAAGGAUAUGUCAUAUGGUUUAUGUUGUAGUUUUUCUGCAGAUCAUACUCCCAGAAUGGGUGCUUGCAAGAAUCUACGUGUAAAUGUGCAGCACAAGGUCGGAGCCAAUGCUUGAUUUAUUCUUGUUGAGGAGCAUUAAUUACUUACACUAACAGAUCCAGUCUCUUGAUUAUCAGCCGGCUCAUCUCACGACCGGGUCGAAAAUGUUAUCACUCGCCCUGCUCCAUUUCAUUCUUGACGGCGAUACUUCGAUGUGAGUAUAGUUGCGCAGCUGCAAGAAACGUUGGACGGAUGGGAGUUUAACGAGCGCGUGAUGCAAAUAUUACUAGAGUCUGAUUAUAUACGGAAACUUUUUGGGCGGUCUAGGGAGCGAGAAUACGCACAGUGUGUCAGCAACCUCUUGGCGAAUCCCAGCGUCUCGAUCUCCCUGAAAUGUAUGGUUUGAUUGCUCUGCAUAGGUACACUUGAUCUCUUCGAAAAUUCCGCAUGUUAGUCUUGCCAUGAAGAUGCUCUUUCAUCUUGAAAGAACCUCUUUUCGCGGUGUAGUGAUUGAAAGGUUAGACUCUACAUCUGUUGCAUCUUUGGAAAUGGUAAGAUUUCUUUGAAAGUGACGGCGUGACUAUGCUGGUUAUACAAAAAUGCACCACUUUUUCUUGCCGUGCUCGAGCUUCUUUCAUGGCUGCAUCUUUGUGCAGGCAGAUCGUGGGCACGCCACCGGCUCCCGAAAUAGCUGGGAUAUUGGCGCCGGCCUUGGUUGACGUCUUGAAGAAAAGCAAGAGCUAUUACGUGCAAACCUGUGUUUGCACGGCGCUCGUUGUGGUACUUACCGUACAACUCGAAUAUUGUAGGAUGAUAUGCUUCGCUCCGAUACAUCAGAUGAAAUUCUUUGAUGUUCGAUUUGAACUGCCCUUUCGGGAUGCUUCGAGAGGUUAUUUUUGUCAUAUGUAGGACCACAAGGAAAGCAAGCGGCUUCUAGUUCGAUUCCUUGUCUGUACCACCUACUAUAGUUAUAUGUUGUUCGACAUUAAAUCGCAGAUGUCCGCAGACAGUGAAGAGAUGAAGACGCUGUUAAUGGCCUGCGGUGUGGCGCCAAUGAUGAUGGAGAUGGUGAGGAGUCGCGACGAUGACCUAGUCCAGUAUACGCUAAUGCUCUUGGUCAAUCUGUCGAAGCACACACACCACAGAGGCAUUUUCGUCAACUACGGAGUAUUGCCAACAGUCGCCGAUAUUCUCUCGUCCAGCUAUCAUGCUUAUGACAAAUCCUGGAUUUUAUCGUUUCUGCGACUGUAGAAAGGGUAGAACCUCUCUUUGUUCAUCGUUGUGUCUUCAGUAAGAGUGUUCCGUCAUACUUUUCUCACACUAAAGCUGGCAGCAGUAUUUUUGUGAAUGAAUCACGAAAACGCAGUGAAAGUUGCAAAAAAAUGGAUUAAGGUCCUCAACAGAAGUUUUCCUGCUGCUGAGAUGUUUUCAUUUUGCGUUGCAGUUCAAGGCCAAGAUCCUCUUGCAGUUGUGCUCGGUGAUUGGGCAGUUUUCGAAUGACGAGGACAGUCGCAAAAUUUUGACACAAGCGCCACAUAAUUUCACGCUCGACUGCCUCAUGUACAUUUUCGACGAGUGCCCACCCCGAGGUGCGCUAGAGUUACGAAAACACAAAGCGUUUCUUUAGAUGGGGUGUGGCGUACUCGUCCGCUAUGCAGGUGAAUUGGAUCUUCGAGUCGAAAGGUUUUCUUUUUGCGGGGAACAAUCACCUUCAAGGAAUAUCAAUGUCACUCAGAACUGAACAACUACAAAGAUUAGUACCUUCAGGGUACAAAACAGCGCUAAGAUAGGGAAAGGUCCUCUACGCGAUGCGCAUGUGUGCGCAGAACAGUAACGAUGCCAAAUUCAGGGUGGGGCAACACUGCUACCUAAAGUUGAUUGAGGAGUUGCAGGACGCGGCGGACCUUGGACAGUGUCUCGACUUCGUCUACAAUGCCCUCUGCUUCUUUAUGACAGCAAUUUUUACUGCCUAUCUAUACAGAGCUAUUGGGCGUGUUUAUUUCCAAUUAAGCUGGGGCCUGAAUUAAAUCCUUGUACAUUUUUACAUUUGAUCGUUGGUGGACAGCCGUGCUACUCAGCCUGAAGUUGAAUCAAUCCGUUACUACAGUAUCAUUAACAUUUACAUUGUUUGGCGUGAUUUUCAAAAUCAAUGAUGUCGUUAUUUGUUCCUUCUUCAUACCUAUCCUCGUCGUGAGCGAAGUAGUCGAGAACGCUGCAGCGUUGCAGUCUGUAAACAUCGCUGACACCUUGCAACGAAUCCGCGACGACCUCUACGACGUGAGCAAUGUGCAGGAAAAAACCACGCUAUUGCUCGAGCUAUUGCGUAAGCAGACGCAUCGCGAAUCCUUUUGAGUAGCCUCGUGUGUGAGCGGACGCAUCAAGAAGCAGGUAGCAAGGCAUUUGCUUCAUAGGAUUCAAUUUUAUCGUCUUAUUGCCGAGUUGUUGUACCUACAAUUGGAGCCUAUCGGAUGCUCCUUCUCUCAGCCCUGUGCGCACAAUGCCGUGUUCCUCACGCCUCUCUCACGCAGGAAAGACAUUCGUUUAGAACUGAAUUUAGGGCGACUCUACGAAUGCAGGAAAAACUAUUACACUUCGUAAUCAU